UGCUUAUAUCAGAGCGACUGUCAAUCCAACUACGUUUGCUGCAGCCAUCAGUGUAUUUACGUCUCUUCUUGCGUCGGAAGGAAUUGCUCUUCUCAGUCAGACUGUGCGAGCGAGGAAGUGUGUUGCGGCAGUGAUUGCACAUAUGGCAGUGACUGCAAUGGGUCCCCUUGUAAUGCCGACAGCGAUUGUGGUCAGUUUAAUCUUAACUGUUGUGAUGGCACUUGUCAAUAUAACGACUGCAUUGACGCCGCGGUUUUCUUUGGUUCAAUAUUUGGAUCACUUGUCGUGCUUUUCAUGUUCCUUAUGUGUAUUUCCUUUGCUUUUCGUCGUCGAAGAGCACUUGAUCGUGGCAGGAUAGUCGUCGGCCAAAGAGUGACAACGACUACUACAGUAAGAUCUGCAAUGCAGAGUAGCUCACUCUACCCCGAACAGAAUCCACCCACCUACCAACAAGGCUACCCAAACUACCCCCCUCCACAGUAUGAGCAGCAUCAGACAAACAGGCCUCAGCCCUACAACCCUGAACCAAGCAUAGCAAGUGAACAACCUCCCCCUUAUAGUGGAGGACCACAGGGCACUUCAGGGGGAGUUUACACUCGUAAACCUUCUUAUGGUUCUGUGCAAUAACUACCACCCGUGUAGUGACAUGAAUAGUUGUUUCUGGUGUAGGAAUAGAUGAAAUGGUAUUCAAGGUUCUAGAACCCCCAAAAGGACCUCUUGUUGCAGCGUUUAGAUCACCCCUGAUGAAGGCACUAGACAGGAGUGUCGAAACGUUGGGUUUAUGAAUUGUAACUUCUUCGGUUACAUUCAUUAAAUCUGCAAACCAGAGUAGCAUCAAACUAUGUCUGAUUGUCCACCUGGUUGCCGUGUGAACUUUAAUAUAUUUUUAGUUAGUACCAGCUUUCAUACAAAAACCCUUCUCUCUAAACUGUGGGGUCUAGUGUAGAUCAUGCUAGUAUUCCAUUUGUAGUGCUUCAAGUCCACGGAGGUCGUCCAUUUCUUAGUCAGGCCGGCCACUGAAGUGACAUGCGUUACUGAGAAGGGAUGGCGCAAACGCCGAAGGAAACGCAGUGAUGGUCGUCAGUGACCGAGAAAUAAUUCACGAUAAAUAGUUGAAUAAACCCAGGUGAAUCUCUGGCAUACGUUUCUUAGUUGUAUGAAUCAGUUUUCCAGAAUCUAUGAAAAUUUUUCUUGUUUUUUGCUCAGAAACAAUGUUUUAGAUUUCAUUCAUCAGGGUACUGACAUAUUCACAGACAAAAAUAUGGCUAGAGAUAGAGCACUUUGUGUUUUUUAAGGUAUUAUUCUAUAAAUAAACAUGGUCACAAACUAUUCUGUUUGUAAGGUGAACUGAGCGGAUAACAUUGCUUAAUGUGCGUAAGCUGCCUACGAAGCGACGCAGAUGAGACACGUGCAGUAUAGCACAACUCUCAAAGAUCAAUCAGUUUACCUUGAUCUUGCAACGCUUGUUGGUCAAAAGUGAGGCCCGAGUCGCAAACUGAAAGUACAGCGCUGAUUACAACCAGAUGAACACAUCUAGAGAAGAGUGAACGGACGACAACUUUUGUGGCAGUACUAUUUAUCGCGAAUGCGAAAAACAAAUUUCCAAAAUAGCUUCCGCCUAAACUGUAAUGAGGUGUUCUUUCUUUUUCAACCAAUUUUUCUCACGUGGUACGGGGGAAGGGGGAUUCACGAAAGUGAUGCACAGAGUCGUAUGAUGGCACUGCAAAAUUAUAUGCGAUGACGUCAAAGUCCAAAAUCCGCUUGGAGUGACGUCAGAGUCUUACAAGAAUCCCCUAGGAAUUGUGGGACAUCUGGUGUUGACACUCCACAAAGUGAAAAGGAAGCAAGAAGAGAUCGUGUUAACGGGAAAAUACGGUAUUUUCGAGAGAUGAUCAGAUCUUCUUUCGUGGUUUUUGUCCUUGUUAGCCAUUACUUUGUUACAGUGACUCUUGCUUGGUGCUCAUCUGGGGGAUCUGGAUGCUCUUUCAACCAAGUUUGCUGUAAUCAUGAGUGUCAAUUCGGCUCUUCUUGUGUUGGAUUGAGUUGCACUUCUCAGUACGACUGUGAUAGCACGGAAAGUUGUUGCAACGGAGUUUGUCAAUAUGAUUGCUUUGAUUGGAACCCUAUAAUUUGGUUAACAUCUGGAUUUCUAGCUGUGAUCUUCAUCAUUACUAUGUGCAUUUUCUGCGCUUGUCGCCGUCGAAGAACAAUUCAUCGUGGCAGAAUUAUUGUUGGGCAGAGAGUAACAACGACAACUACGAUAAGAUCUGCACCAGCGAGCACCCAACCUUACCCCACACAGGCACAACCUUACCAACAAGGCCACCCAUACUAUCCCCCUCCACAGUAUGAGCAGCAUCAGACAAACAGACCUCCACCCUACAACCCUGGACCAAGCACAGCGAGUGAGCAACCUCCCCCUUAUACAGAAGGACCACAGGGAGGAGCAGGGAGAAUUUACACUCCCAAACCUUCAUAUGGUGCAGUAGCAUCAGCACCACCUAUGUAAGGCAAUGAAUUGGUUUACCUCAACCUGGUUAUAUAACUCUAAAAACUUUUAAAUAUCUUUAAGAACAUAAACCCUUGGAUUAUCUGAAACUAUUUUGAUAGAAUUUUUUAUGCAACUGAUGAAAAGGAAAAGGUAAAAUGGUGUGGCUUCUGUUACUUUACCUCAGCCAAGCUUUUACAGAAAAACCUGAUCAUUUUGUAGUCAAUAUGUGACUAAGCCAUUGGAACAACAGGUGAAAAGUGAGGUAGUGUGGGAAAUUUAUUAAUGUUGUUUGAAACUAAGAGUAGGGUUCAAAGUUCAUGUGAAGUCCACUGUUUAGAGCUCAAAUGUACACUUUGAAUUUGAAUUUGGCUCAGGAUUUGAAGUUUGAAUUAUGAAUUAUCAAAGAAAAAUGAAGUUUUGCAAGGAAUUGUGCAAGUGAAAACUAAUUUUUUUCUUGUCAGUCUUGUUUGCUAGUAGCACCAUGGUCAAAAUUCAACCUAAAAACUGAAUUUAGGAUGGUAGUAUAUGAAAGAAGUAAAAGCAUUUUUCUUGUUUUAAUUGACUUCAGCUACUUGAAUCCUUUGUGUUAAAAUUGCAUAUUUAAAUAUUUUAUGUAUAGAGAUUGAAUUGAACAUUUAACUUGGUCCAUUCUAGCUGGCUAAUGAGUUAGUGUACUUGUUUAGUGGAAUUGUUGUUUGAAAAAGCUAGAACUUUAAACUUGAAAAUCAAUUUGUUAUAACUGUGGGCUAAGGCUAGUGAACCUCCUCAUUCUAUAAUUGGUGGCUGUAAUUUCAUAGGAUUUUAAAUGAAAGAACUGUUAAUAUUACAGCCAGUCUGCCCCAGGUUCUCAAUCAGUGAAGAAAAGCAAAAGAGUGGGUUGGGCAAAAACAGCAUUCAGUAGAUAGAAAGGAGUGCAAGCCAUUUUCCUUACAUAUAUAGCUGUUACUUCCACUGGCAUGAAACUUUUGCACACUUCUUCACUUUUUUUCUCUCUUUGAGAACUUGGCACAGGUUUGUAACAAACUGGCCCUAAUACAAACUGAAAUAUAAUUAAAUUACAAAAUCAAUUAUUCAAACUUGUAGCAAAUAGUAGGGCUCCAAGCAUUCAAAUUGUCAAUUUUUCAAGGACUCACUCCCAAUCUGUUUGAUGGGUUUGCUACUUCAAUUUGUAACACUGAUAGUUUCUGGCUCAUGUAGCUGAAAGUAUACUCUAGCUGAUAGGUGACUUUUAGAAGGGUAAUUGGUUGUCUGCCAAUUAUGAGAAAGGAGUAGGCAGAGAUAUUGAAUUAAUUUUGUUUAUAGUAGUAUCAAUCUUUUUUGGGUGGCUCUUUCUGUUGGAACUUUUUAGCCUUACCUUUCCACUCUAUAAAUUUAACCCUCUAAUUCUCAGAAGUGAUUAACAUGUAACUUCUGCCUAUAAUUUCCAAACAUUUUCCAGCAAAACAGGUAAUGAGAAUACUCAAACUUACCAAGGAGAAGUUUUUACCCUGAUCAAACACCAAAUUCUUGUAACUCAUUUACAGGGAAAUGCAAAUGCAAAACCAAUAUCCACAUGUAAUAAACAGUCCAAAGCUAAAGCAGUUGAAUGCAUGGAGGUCUAAUUCAGUACCAAAUGUUUAUAAAAAUCUGAAUCACAGGGUAAAUCGUUUUAAGUCUAAUCUUUCUGGGGAUAUAGAAACAAACCCUGGUCCGGUUAUUAAUUCUACUGAAACAAUUCAAGCUCCUUACAGUUGAGACAAUAUGGCAAUGUUUGGGUUAAAUCCUGGUACACAGUGUGUAGCCAUGUCACUUGCUUUCCCUCAUAUAUAACAAGAGGAAUGGUAUUAUAUCCUCAGUGGACUUGGUUAAUAUCAUGAACAUCGAUGAUGAAUUGUAUUCUGGUCUAUCUAGUCUAUCCAAGCAAUCCUAUUAACCCUUAAUGCCGCAACAUCAGUAUCCAUAUUCUCCAUUCUCUUCUUUAUAUGUUUCCUUUAGUACUGACAUGGAGAAUUGGUUUUACAAUCAUAGCUUCUUUGGUGGAGAUCAUUUCCUCUAUUCUUAUGAUCUCAACAAAUGAUUUAGCCAUAUUACUGUACAGAGAAAUUAGAUGCUGGUCACUCUCAGGGUUUAAAGGGCUAACUGUUGACAGAAGUACCUGAAAUGAUAAUCAUGUUUAAUAUUAAUUAUCAGCUUCAAUAUAGUCCAAGCUAUACUGGUACUUUACAUGGUACUUGUGAAGUACAAGAUUUCAAUUAUUGUGUGUCAUUUGCUAAUGCUAUGCAGGCUUUGCUGGGACAAAAUUAUAAUUCCUUUCUUUUAACAAUCCUUAGUACUACAGUAGGUUUUUACAGUAAUGUGAUGGUAAGUUUAAGAUAUUUGAUUCUCAUGUUAGAGAUUCAUAUGGUAUGUGCCAUCCUUAAGGAACUUGUGUGCUGUUAGAAGUUAACACCUUAAAUGAGUUGAUAAACUAUUUUGAAGGUCUUUAUCAAAAUCCAAAUGUUUCAUUUGAACUCAAAGGUGUACAUAUUAAUGAAAAACAAUGUGAUAUGACAGAUAAUUCUGAUCAACAGUUGUCAGCUGUCCCCCUCAAAGCAAAUCAUGCAGAUGCUGAAAUUACAACCAUUCAUAUUCCCUUGUUAUGCUGUUGUGCCACAUCUUUUUAUAGCAUUUGUUUUUCCAUUAUUAAAUAUUGCCGGGGUAUUGGAAUUCACAGACUCUAGAUAGAAUCACUGACCAUGCAAACAAGUUUUACGAAGAAAAACUCAAUGGCAAUAACAAUCCAUUCACUAUCAACAAUUUCCCAAGGACACUUCAAAUAUAUGAUAUAGAUAUAAAUAUUGCCUUCAAUUUGGAGAAACAAGGAAUACUAUGAUUUACAUCUCUUGGUAGCAAAUUAUUGCUUCAGAAGUUAAUCACAGACAAUACUAAGGAUAAUACUGGGUUUUUAAUGUGGAUUUCAAAUUAUUGCUUCAGCUGUAUUUUUCAGCACAACAAUAUGAAAAGAAAAGCAAAAAGUGUUAAGUACUAUAUUAUAAGAUUCACUCCUAAUGGCACAGCUUUUCAAAGUAAGAUUAGGGAAGGUGCAUAUUAUAUUUGCUCUGUUUGUAACAGAAUACUACACUGAAAAGCUGCUAUCCAGUUAAAAAGACAAAUGUACAACACUCAGCAAGAAUUAUUUACUAAGUUGUAUACCCAUGAUUACUUCCUGUCUUGGAAAUUGACCAAUCACCUAUCGCCUGAUGACAACUUUUUUGGAAGUAGAUGUACGCCCUUGGCCAGCCUUGAGCUCACUAUUUCAGUAUACUAGUACGACAUCCGUAGUAUCACUACACUUGAUCCCAAGGAUCCAGUACUAUCCAAAUUUCUAGUCUACUCUGCUCAUAGGUUCUACUUUAUCUAAUCAUUGGUCUUCCCUGUGGUACAACUAAGUCUUUGUUUAGCAUCGUUUAGCGUUAGAUUCACCAGACGCACGCACAUUAGUAUGACAAAGGACUUUCUAAGAGCCACGAUAUGCCAGAGCGCCUUCUUAUUUAAUAGUGUCUGAAACUUCUAGUGCGUUUACCGGUACUUACCUGCAACCACUUUCACUUCUUAGUUAAAAUGUGCUUUUUCGUUUUGUGUUAGCAUGUCCCGUAAUGCUUUAUCAACGAAAGGGCGAUCAAAUUCGUCAAUUCUACUAAGUGUCUAAAUUCAAUUACGAAAUAACGAAUAAGAAUCUUCUUGAAGUUUGUCCUCUGGGGUAAAUGUCAUCGAGAGGUUGUUGUGGAAUGAACAGGAAGCCUUGUGGUUAUUUGGUCCGUCAGUUCUGCGUAAACCCAACUCGAUUCGAUGUUUCUCUGGUCCUUAUAAAAGUACAGUUUUUUACUUUGAAACUCUAAGAAUUUUAUCAAACGACGUGUCGCGGACGGAUGAAGUCAAUGCCUGAAAUCAACGAUCCCAGUUUUUCUCAGUAUUCAGCUUCUCAAUUUAUUUAUCAAACUUCAGUGGUUUGAUGUCGCGUGUGAUUUUCACGCGGCUGUUUUUUUAGAAGAAUGACAAUAAAAUAAAAUGACAAUUGAGAUUUCGUAUCAUAGUCAAGGCAGCUGCUGAUAAAUAUGAGAACUUACGCGCAUACACUCUUCAUUUCACAGUGCAUGUGAACUGUUUUAAACCUGGUAUGGUGACCGCUAAGAAGCGACUGCUUGUUCAGGUUUGGCACUGUUUGACUCGCAUCAAUCUCUUGGAGAGACUGUUCAAAGUGUUUCAAACUUGACGCAACGAGCUUGAUAUCUGUGACACACAUAAGAGGGAAGGACAACUGAUUCACUUUGUUUGCCGUACUUGGCUUAUCGAGUAAAAUCGUUUGUUUUGCCAAAAGUUCACUAAUUAUGUCAUAAUUGGUAUGAUUGGUACCCAUCACUUGGUGAUUUUACAGAUCUACUAAAUUAUACCGAAUUUUGAGUGAAGCACAGAGAUUCUUUUAAAUCUCAAUUUUCCGAGUUAGUCGAAUCAUUCAGUGUAAGAAAAUCAAGAUUGUUCGCCUCAUUCUUUAUUCAGUCUGUCUGUCUCUCUUUUAUUGGGGACUAACAAUUUAUAGCUUUAAUGAAGCAUUCAGUAGUUAGCAGGAAGCUUGUCAUAUACAAAAAAAAAUCAUUUACCGGAGUUUCAUCGCAUAAAUACAAGCAUCUAGGAUAAGAAUGGCAUUUGCGUGACAUUCGUUGAAAAACAUCAGGAAGUCUCGAGCAACGAUGGAAUCUUCCCGAAAGAGUGAGUCAUCAAAUUGCUAUCACUCUCAGGUCUUGAGAGGGCUGUAUCAUUUUUUUCAGCCAAUCAGUUAACUUGAGAAUGGGCCUGUAUUGGUUAAGAUAUCGAAUUCUUUCGCAUCACAUACCCACUUGUUUGCUUGGAGUUUGCAAUCGUGGUUCCACCGAGAAAAGGGUGUAGACAUCAUAAGGAUAAAGAUGUCUUGUCCUAAAGAUCCAAUACCACUUUUUAUCUUUAAAGGUGAAAAUCCUGUUACGGCAACGGAUAAAAUCAUGACUUGGUUUGACGAGUCCAGUGAAAGAGAAGACGAUCGCGCUGGUGAUGAAAUACGAAACCAUGAGCUUUGAUAUUUUGGAGUUACUAGGUGAAUAGUGGACAAGAUGGAGGGUGUUAAAGGCCUGAAUAUAAUCGUUUAACUGUGCUAAUGCAUUGUUGUUAUAGCGGACAUUCACAUUGAGAUUUUUAAGUGACAGCUGUUGCACCAAAAAUCCUCUGACCAAUAUUUAUCUAACAAUUGCUUAUAUUUUUUAUGACGAGCUGUAGUAGUAUGAUAUAAAACGUACAGUUCCUGCCCAGUCUACUAAGCUGUGAGAAUCAUAAGGCAAAUUUUCUCAGGGUAAUUAUAGGGUUUCUUACUUAACGAGCUUUUUUCUCCUUUAUCACCACCCAUCCUCCACUCAAAUUCGAGCGGCUAUGGGGCGAUUGAUACUUAAAUUUCUAAAUGUUCCACCGCCUUAUCAAGAGGGCUCUUAGCCCGAAAACCGAUGGCAAGGAUGGUCGGAUGCUUUAAUAAAAUGAGUAUGUCAUGUUUAGUUUUUUUUCUCUGGUUCUGGUUUCAUUACUUUAUUUUUCAAACUUGCUUGACCUAGUUUUCCAAAUCGAACCACACGUUAAAAAAAAUACAUGAAAAUUAAAUAAAUUAAUAGCUAAAAAAUUCAGUUAAGGAUGAAAUUGAUUCUCAUCAGAAGUAGAUUGACCUAUUUGACCCGCUGUGUUACUCCAGCAUAAUGAUCACAACAAUCCAAUUUUACUCUGUAAUCCGCAUUGUUAAUUAAAUUCUCUGUCCCGAAGCAAAAGAGGAUGUAAAGGCUCAGAAGUCGAGCUGUCAGGUUAAUACCGGGUAGGCCGUAAUUAGGCGAUUAUCUGUAGUUUUUGCCACGGCAAUUACGCCAUAACAAGGUUUGCCAUUACGACCGUGUAUACCUGUUUGGUAUGGAAAUUUCUUUUUAUAAACCCUUUUAUAGUUAUCACUUCUAUGUGUAAGUAUUUGAUCAGGGUGUGUAAUUGUUUGGGUUACCAAGUUAGACACUUCUAUGACAUCUCGCGACAGGAAAUAACUCUUCCCAAAUUUUACAGGAUGUAUGUGGCGGAUAAUAACGUGCUCCAUCUUCCUCGCCCCAAUUUAAUGGGAAAGGUUGAGAAGUAUAUAUAUACCUCGCCUGAACCUCGUUUCUCCUUAUGGUAAAACGCAGUCUUCGCCUAAGCUGGGGUGCGCUAAACGCACGCGCAUUAUAUGGUCACAUAGAUUUUUGGGGCCACGAUUCUGUUGGUCAGCGCCAUAUUCUAUUGAGUUUCAAUCGAGCAAACAGCAAGCAAGUUUAUUGACCUGCUGCAGCAUGGCAACUUCUUGGAUGAAAUACGUUUUUGAACGUUUCUUUCACUCUUUAUUUCAAACCUUAUUACCAGUAAAGGCAGACUGAUUCGUCAAUUCCAUGAAGUUUAAGUCAUGACCCGAGGCUACUUAUUUAUCUUGAAGUCUUCCGCGAUAAAUUUCGUGGGCGAACCGUUGUCAAGAUGAAAUGGAAUGGUUUCUUCUACUGAAAAUGCCCUUUUAGGGCGUGAGAAUGCAUUUGUCGCUGUUGUAGUAUAAUGCAUUUCCACAAGUUAGUAACAUUCUAUCACAGCAAUUUCCGAUGCAAAAUUUUUAAUAAUUAACUCGCACCAGCUACUCGGAGAAGCCUUUGCUUGAUGCUACAGAUGUAUAUAAACUUUGUCGGACACAAGAGAAUGGAAGGAAUAUUCACUUCCGGGUACCGUGCGCGGCUAAGAAUGGCAACGAUCUGCUCUGCCCUGGCUAAGACCCCUUAGUUGUACACACAAAGGGAAGUUAUCGAUUAUAAACUAUGCUUACUGUUAUGACACCGUUUUAAAGUGAGAGAUUGUGCUUAAAUAUCGUAGUUCGACGUGUUCGUCAGAUACGAAUGCUGUUGUCGAGGUAAUUACAUGGCGUAGUAAUUUCUCUCCUUUCCCAAGUUAACAACGUAUGACUUAAGGCAAGUUUCUUUGACUUAUUGCUCUCCAACUAUUUCUACGGUUUGAUGUUUUAAGGGUCGGAUGAAUAUCGGUGGAUAAAUAAAUAAAUAUCGAUCGUUCUUCACUUUUAUCUGUUUACCUCUUUUAUUUAAUGCUUAACACAAUAUACAAUGAAGUACCAAAUGAUCACUAAUGCACCCGCUGACCGCUCCUACUGGUUACGGAAGCUUUGUAACGUGUGAUUAAGAGGUCUUUUCCCGCCGUUUUGAUAAGAUGGAAAGAAGAUGCGAUAUUUUAGGCCGCUUUACUUGAAUCAAGUUUGAAGUAUUUUGCAAGCUCCACGUUUGCUCCGUCUGUCACAGUAUUAUAGCAACUGGUUGAGUGAUCAAAACAACUUCCAUCUCGUCAUCAACGCUAACUUAUAAACCUGGGCCGGGUUGUUCAAAGCUGGGUUAAGAUAACCCAGGGUUAGUGUGAAAUCCGAUUUCAGAUCUAAAAGCUUUACAAGAAAAUUCAGUCGAAUUCUUUUUGUUUAGAGUAUGACUACUUGAUGCUUUAAAAAGGACACUGAAAAUUUUCCCAAAAAGGCUUUUGAGUAAAGGAAUAAAGAAACGCAGAUUAAAAUUUAACCCUGGGUUAGCGCUAAUCGGCCUUCGAACAACUGGGCCCUGAGAGGAAUUAGUUUGUGGAAUUAACUGGAAGUUUCAGGUUUGUCGCAAGACUGGAAUAUUGGCAAAUUUUGUGCUUAUGGAGGAACAAAAUGUGUUUACCUCUAAAUCUGGGAAAGAAAGCCUAGGAAAGAAAACUCUCUCCCACGAGAGUAGUUUAAUUUUGUCGUUAGCGAUAACAUAAAUCUUGGUUUUUACUUAUACUAAGUGAAGUGCAAUUUGAACGAUGGCGGAGUAUGAUUUAUUUAUUAUAUGUUCCAUACUUGAUUCAGAAUUCUACGUUAAGUACGAGCUCCGUACGGCACGAGCACGUUCCUACAGAGUUUCAAAUAAUUUUUGAUUAAAAUCUGUCAUUCGACGUUGCUUCUGUUAUCGUGAUUUGCUUUUAGUCUCUCUAGAUCCGCCUUUGCAAUUAGUUCUUCCAACAGGUGUUGCAAGGAUUUACAUGGUGCUUCUCUCGACAAGUCUCUUCUCUGAGUGGUAAGAAUGUAUUUGUCAUAUUUAUGUACGGUCAUUUUCCACGCUUUAUCUUUCAAUACAGCCAUUGGGCUGAAUAAAAAAAGCUACAAGUGUGAUAUGAAAGCUUUCACUCAUAUGAGGUUGAGAUUUAAACCAGAAAUGGUGACACGCGAAAAGCAACUUUUCUUCAGUUUGGAUGAUCAACUCACUAUUACGCAUGCACACACGUUUGACCGCUGUGUUGAAGGCUCUCAUAGGCGUUGCUUUAAUUAAACUGGCAGCGAAGCCUUAACGAAACGGGGAAGGCACCUUUUCAAUUUCCCCCAAUUCCUGGCUAUGUGACACAAUUAUCGUUUUCAGUAAUAGAGAUAUACCAUACAACAACAACACGAACUUUGUAUUUUGUGAUGAUCCUUAAAUCUUUAUGGUGGUACUCGUAGUUAUUUUCGUAAACUUAACGUGUCUAACUUGUUUACAAAUUAAAAAGAGGUACGACGUAAAUUGGCACAACCUAUAUUCUGUGUUCAACCGCAAACAUUGAUCUUUGGGCCAAGUUUUUUCUCCAGUUGGUUUUUGACCUUGUUAUAUUUAUGAAUUAUUUCCAGUUUGUGUUUCAACUCGCUUGAUAGCAGCGUGAAUCUCAUGUUCAAUAAAUAGAUGUUGGCAGCUGAUAGCUUUCCGAGCCUUGCCUUAAUUGAAAUUGAUGACUCACUUUUUUUUUUCUUUGUAAGAAUGAAAUAACACGGACCAAUCUGACCAGAUUCCCGUUUAUAAUUUUCGUUAAGAAUUGCUUAAAUUUUUCAUGAUGAGCUGUAGUAGUAUGAGAUAUAAAGCGUACAGUGCCUUCCCAGUGUACUGAGCUGUGAAAGUCAUAAGGCAAAUUUCCUCAGUACUGAAGGCAUACUACGAAAGUACAAAACUCAAUUAUUCAUUUUUCCAAAAACUUGACAUAAUUGAACAAAAAAUAUUUCGACUUGUCAUAACGCGGUAACCUCUACCUCAGUUUCACUCUCUCCUCUAUCUCGUUGCCCCAUCUCAGUUGGUUGACGGUUUCCUGAAAGAAAACUCAAAUUCUUAAAAACAUUGUUCCAAUCAAGCGAGGGCAUUCGCAGGCAGGAUAAGUAUUGGGUUUUCUUACUUAACGAGCUUUUUUCUCCUUUCUCACCAGCCAUCUUCCACUGAAAUUCGAGUGGCUAUGAAGCGAUUGAUACACAACUUUCCAAAUGUUCCACCGCCUUAUCAAGAGGGCUCUUAGCCCGAAAACCGAUUGCAAGGGUGGUCAGAUGCUCUUAUAUAAUGACUAUGGGUUGUUAAUGAUAGAUUGUUGACCAAUCAUAGCGUGCGUAGGAUCUCAGCUAGUCACUAACUUCAUAGCCCUGGUCGACGAGAUUUAAACCUGCCAUUCAGCGCACAAAAUUUGGAAAUAAAACUGAUAAGCGCAGUUCGAUAAUAACUAUGCACUCAUGUGCACGGUUCAUCAGAACCGAACCGACUCGUAUCUACAUGUAGCUUGUAAAUAUUAUGGAACGUUUAAUAUAAUGAAAAAAAAAACUGCAUCCCUAUGAAAUAUGUCCUGUUUUCAAUUGAACUGUAUGCAGAUUUCACAGAUAUUUGUACAAAUGAGCUUUACGAAAUACAUAAUGUCGUAAUUAGAUUUUAAAUCGUUGCACAUUUACAAUUCUGAUCCAGGAUAGUUAUACUAAUUACUAUUUGACCACUGCCCUAUCAUAAUUACACAAUUGCAAUAAAAUAGGUUUAUUGAAACUCCCUUAACGAUAUGGCUCAAUGCUUUUAAUUUUCUGACAGUCCUUACAAGUAUAGUUUGAUAUAAGUACAAAGGAAAUCACUUUCCCUCUCUUUAAAGCAAAUGUAAGUUUACCGCAGUGGUUUCCGUUCGGUACACAACUUCAAUCAUGAUAGAAAUAGUAGAGAUGGUAAGUUUUGAGCUCGGUGAAGAAUAAAAAAAGAUGUUUUUUCGUUUUGUCACGAGUGUGGAAUAAAGAAAAAAUUCUGAGUCCCCAUGAGAAAUCGAACCUCAGACCUUCGGAUUUGCGCUCCGAUGCUCUACCACUGAGCCACAAAGACACUUCGAUGAGCGAGGUCUAUUACGAAGUUCUUAUGACACGCGUCCUGCAUACUGCUAGGAUCAGCAAUGUCGAUAGCGUAAUGUUUUUUUGAUAGAAAUAGUAGAGAUGGUAAGUUUUGAGCUCCGUGAAGAAUUAAGAAAGAUGUUUUUUCGUCUUGUUUAAGAUAAAUUGUACGUUUGGUUCUGUCUCCAAAGUCUCAGGUGAGACAGGAGACCAUCUAAAUGUCGUUGAGAAAAAAUCAUGAAGGCGAGUCAGCCGAAGCAAAACGGUUAAGAAAUGUUUCCAGGAAAUGUUUCAUUGCAUUUUACUUUUUCUAGUCCGCGUUUUGUUAAUUCUCGUUUUACUAUUCCUGUCCAGCCCAGUCCAUUGUAGUGAAAUCCAGUCCAGUGUCAAAAUACAGUUUGCCCAGGCAGGCAGGCAUGGGCAAGGAGUUAAAUGAAUUUCCUCCUUUAUCACGGGUGGAAUUACGCUCUGACAUAACAUAAUACUAUUACACAAUUAUUGCGUUACAUAACAAACUAAAAUUACCCAGGAUUAAGUAUCAUCUCGAAUUUUGUUUAUGCAAUCUUUAGGGUUGUACAAUCUUUUAUAUGAUCAAGUAUAUCAUAGCUGAUCUGCUACACGAGUUGGUUUAAGAAAAGAUUUCGGCAGGGUCCUGUUAUUUAUGAUAGAGAAACUUACCAUAUUAUUCACUACGUGUGCGCUGUAUUUAAGAUCAUUGCAUAAUGUUUGGUCAUCAAAUAGGAACUCUUGACUUAGGAACUCAUGUGACCUUUCCGAAUGGGGGAUACGUGACAAACACACCACUUUCCACGCAACGCAACAGGAAUAUCAUUUCAUCAUACUCUGAAUACAACAAACACCGGUGAGCUAACUUGGACAUAAGUUUUCCUUUCAAUAUUAGUAAACAUGAGGGUACAAGUUGUUAUGCUGCAUAUAAUUUGGGUGAUAAUACUCGCUGUGUGUGUUCAGAAAACUGUGACAGUCCCUUUCGGAGGCUUUCGGAAAUCGCCGAACAGAACAAACAGCUGUACAUUGGACUCUGAAUGUUCCCAUGCACAAAUAUGCUGUACUGGUUCUUGUGUCGACACAAGAAAUUCCUGUCACUUCUCCACUCCUGAUGGUAUAAGCUUUGGUGUGGUACUUGGACUGUUCAUUUUGAUUUGCUUAAUCUUUGCCAUCGUCUGGUUGGUUCGCACCUAUAGGAGAAGGGCUCCUUACGACAGGUUGGGACAUCAAAACCCAUCCAAUGUCGCAGCUGCCGAAGUGAAUUUUGUUGAAGUCGAACAAAGGCCACCCCACCAAAGAGGGCUCCCGCCGUCCUACCACGAGAAAGAAGUAACACCCAACCCUCCACCUUUGUACGAAGAACGACUGAGAGCUUUUCCUCCUCCGUCCUACAGCACUGGUUCAAUUAAGGCAGAUGAACCACCUCCCCCGUACAAAGAACCAAACUACUGA